GGAAAUACUCUACCUAUCUAUAUCUCCGGACAACUGACUGGUUAAUAAACGAGAACCGGGUGGGCGUAUCUUAGCUAAAUCACAAUGGAGCAUGGUAUGACCUUGGGCGUAACGACACAAGACCCUGCAGCACAAAAUAGGAACCCAACUCAGAAGCCCUACAUAGCAGAUCCUGAAUUUAGUGAAGCUUUAAAACCACUUUUAUCACUGAGCCAGAAGAUUGACCGAAUCAGAUCUGCAAGUCAAUGUCAAAAAAGAAGAAAUCGAAAAAAUCACUUGUCCUGAUAAUGACCUUAUUGGAAAAGAUUGGUACUCAUUCGGUUUACAGAAAGAAAUAGACCCCGACAAACUCGAUCAAAUCAAAGAUGAUAAUGGUACCAGAGAAGAAAGAAAGUCUGACCUUCUUCAUCUCCUGAUUGAGCCAAAGUAUCAAAUUCGCUAUGAAGACAUUGUUUAUUUUCAUUAUAAAAUUGACAAGCAAAGUGAAUUUAUCACUCUCAUUCUUGACUAUAUUGUUGAUCAAAGGAAAAAGACAGAGCCUUGUAUUCCCAAAUAUAAGAAAAGUAAUAAUCCGCCAAAAGACAUGGAACGCCCAUGGCAAGCUAUUUAUGAGGAAAGAUUAAAAGCUAAACCUGUUCCUGGUCUAAGACAAGAACUCAGUACUGAAAACUAUCAAAAGAAAUUUUAUGAUACACUUUGGUAUGAAGAAAAAGAGCAUACAAUAAAACUUCACAACAAGUGUAGUGGUGUUUACAAAUUGUUUGUCACUGAUGAUGUUCCACCAGAAGUCAAGGAGUUAGCAUUAAAACCAGAACGAUAUAAAGAAUUUGGGUACAUUGAGGAUGAUGCAUUUACUUAUGACAAGAUAGAGUAUGCCACUCAAGCCAGCGAAGGCGUCAAGAUUUAUAAGUCAAAUGAUUUUUAUGUUUGCAAGGCAUUAAUUUCUCAGCAUAAUUUUUUUCAUGUCGAGCAGCGCCUUUAUUUAUGUUUUCCGGGUCGAACCAUGAGAAUGCUUCAAGGCCGAUCAUCUCACAGAAAAAUCCACUUUAAAGUUAAAAUGAAGUUUGAAUUAAAACAUUCUUAUUUUAGCAACCUUCAGCAUGCCAUUGCUGUCAUACCGCAGUAUGUUAUCAACUGUCUUAUAUCUGACAAGCAUUCUUUCAGUCGUUUGGAGGAAAAGUUUAAACCUCAGUGGUCAAAAUAUAGCUUCAUGAAACUGGAUGAUGUCCAAACACAAGCCCUUCAAAUGAUCACUUCUGUUUCUUCAAGGUGUGUUGCAGAUUCAUGCCCUCCUCCAGUUCUUCUUAAUGGUCCCUUUGGUUCUGGUAAGACCCGUAUUCUUGCUCGUGCUGCUUACGAAGUUAUGACCAAUGGAAUUUCGAAAGGUGAUCCUUUUACAAGAAUAUUAAUUUGUGCUCAUCACCCUCAGUCAGUUAAUUCUUUCAUUGAGGAGUAUUUCACUCGAAUUGAAAAUAAAGAGGGCAAACUUCCGUAUCGUGUUUUUCAUGUUUCUCGAUAUUUAGGGAAUCCUUACCCAAAUUCGCAUAACUCUCAUUUCUACAUGACUUUUGAUGAACUUGAGAAUUUAGAGCCAGAAAAGCUUGAGAAUGUCAUCAUUAUUGCAUCUUAUAAUGGAUCCUUGAGUCUUUAUGACAUAAUUGAUGUUCCUGGCUAUGGUUAUUUCAAUUAUGUGUUCCUUGAUGAAGCAGCUCAGGUACGUGAGCCAGAAGCAAUAACUCCAUUAGCUCUUGCUACACACGAUGCUAAAAUUGUUUUAGCUGGAGAUGACAAACAAGUUGGCCCCAAAACCCUUGUACUAGGAGAAGAGGCACAAAAUGAUGGUCUUGAUGUUUCCCUUUUAACACGUUUAACAGGUCACUACAAGGGAAUGGGCCCCACUGCAGCUACCUACAUGACCACACUGUCCAUUAAUUAUCGUGCUCAUGAAGAUCUCCUUUCAUUGCCAGAAUUGUUUUAUGGGAAGCUUCACGCAAGUGAAAAUAAACCAGUUUGGCAUCACCAAGGUCCAUCUGGCUAUAAAUUUGUAUGCUCUGAUUCUAGACUUGUACAUGACAGUGUUGCUGCUAAUGAACAGCAACAAUCGGUUGAGGCAUGCAUUGUCUUGGAACAGGCAUUACUUUAUUUGAAAGAAACAGAAAAGGAAAGGAAGCCGCCUCAAAUUUGUAUCAUUUCUUCUACUAGGAAGCAAUUAAAUCAUAUAAAGCAAAUGGUCUAUCGUUAUCCUUGCUACAAUAUUUUGAAGGAAAAGAAAGUCAAGUUUUUGCCAUCUUUUAUGAUUCAAGGUCAUCAGUUUGAAGCUAUAUUUUUGUGCUUGCUGGAGCCUUUGAAGGAUGGGAAAAUUAAAGAAUACUUUACUAAAAGUCUCUUUAAUCAUUUUGUGUUUAACACGGUUAUCACAAGAGCAAAAACUCUUGUAGUGACUGUCGGUACACCGUUUGAAAUACUUGAUUUUGAAGACCAGUAUAUCAGUGAGGCAGAUGGUGAAGUAAAAUGUUGGCAUGAAUACCUCCAGCUAUGCAAAGCACGUGGUACAAUAUCGCACUUGGAGCCAAAGAUUGAGAAGGAAUUUGACGAAAGACUAGAAAAGAGAAUGCAACAAAAUGAUCCUGCACCAGCUCCUUUACGUCAAAGUCGAGUUGAGAAAGAUUUUGAGAAGCUAGGUAUGCUUGGUAAAGGAGGAUUUGGAGUUGUUUAUCAUGUCUUACAUAAAGUGGACAAAGGAAAGUAUGCCAUUAAGAUGAUACCCACGACGAGUGGUAAGGUGAAGAGAGAAGUUCAUGCACUUUCUGUAUUGUAUCACCCUGGAAUUGUUCGAUACUACAAUUCUUUCAUUGAUUGUGCUCCUGUUGGGUGGGAUGAUGAUGAUGCAAUGGAUGAGCCUUCAACUUCUUUUGGUCCAAGUAACUCAUUAUCAGUGCAAUCUGUCCGGACAUUAUCUCCUAUUGGUGCUAACCAUAAUUCUAGUGGUACUGAGUCUUUUUCAAUAGAGUUUAGAGAUGACAGUUUACAAAAGAAUAGGUCACAGGAGAAAGGCAUUCCUACACAUACCAAAUCAACUGAUGAAACACUGACAGAUGAUGCAACAGAUGAUACAACAUCCUAUUCCUCCUUAGCUGGCUAUCAAAAAUACUUGUUUAUACAAAUGGAAUUAUGCCAAAGGAAGACAUUAAGAGAUUGGCUGAGUAUAAAUGUUCACAAUCGUUAUCGAAUCAAAGUGUUUAAUUUUUUUGUACAGAUUCUUGAUGCUGUGAUAUACAUGCAUGACAAGGAUUACAUACACCGUGACUUAAAGCCAUCAAAUAUACUAUUUGCUAUGGAUGAUAGCAUUAAAGUUGGUGAUUUUGGCUUAGUGAAACAAAAUGUAGCUACUAAGCACAGUGCUCCCCAAUCUGAUGUUCAGGGUAGUCAUACUAGUGAGAUCGGAACUUCAUUUUAUGUCAGCCCUGAGCAGAAAGCUGGUCAUCGGUAUAAUGAAAGGGCUGACGUUUAUUCGCUUGGAAUAAUUUUAUUUGAGCUUUACUUUCCUUUUAGCACAGAAAUGGAAAGGGAUAAAGUUUUAGGAGAUAUAAAGAGUAAUAGAAGACUUCCAAAGGAAUUUAAAGAAAAUUUUUAUAAUGAAGCAAAACUUGUGGAGCUGAUGUUAAAGCCUAUUUCUGACAGGCCAUCUUCAAGUGAGAUAAAAGAAAUGGAUGCAUUCAAGCAAAUGAAAGACCAAGCUGAGCUAAAUUGUGACUUUAUAUUGCCAAAAUUUUAGAUUUAAACAAUUUUAGUAUUAUUAUUAUUGU